AUGGGACCACGCAGCCAUCAUAACGUGGAUGAGAAGAGGAAAGCCAGGUCCAACUCCUGCCAUUCUGUCAGAGAUUGUUGUGUCUGUCCCCCUGCCUGUCCUCUCUGCAGGGGCUGGCUCCCUACAGGGGCUGGCUCCCUACAGGGGCUGGCUCCCUACAGGGGCUGGCUCCCUACAGGGGCUGGCUCCCUACAGGGGCUGGCUCCCUACAGGGGCUGGCUCCCUACAGGGGCUGGCUCCCUACAGGGGCUGGCUCCCUACAGGGGCUGGCUCCCAGUGAUCUGCAGUCUCUGCUGCUCCAACUUCCUCUACUUCUACUGCUUCCAAAGCCUGAGAGACAGCUGGCUCCAGGGACACAAGUCAACUCCAAGCAGAGACCUGCUAAUGGGCACCGCUGCAGGUGCAGUGAACGUGCUUAUGACCACUCCGCUGUGGGUGGUCAACACACGGCUCAAGCUUCAGGGGGCAAAGUUCCGCAAUGCAGACCUCCGUCCCACUAACUACUCAGGCAUCAUAGAUGCCUUGGUGCAGAUCAUUGAGGAGGAAGGGGUGGGGGCCCUGUGGAACGGGACAUUCCCCUCUCUCCUGCUGGUGCUCAACCCGGAUGUCCAGUUCAUGAUCUAUGAGGACUUGAAGAGGCAGAUUCUUUUUUUAAAUUUUAAAAUUCUGUUGUCUCUUGAGGUCUUUCUGAUUGGUGCCAUAGCCAAAGCAGUGGCCACCACAGUCAUAUACCCACUACAGACUGUACAGUCCAUCCUGAGGUUUGGUCAACACACGCAGCACACAGGCGGAUCGCCACUUGUCAACAGCCUGAGAAGUGUGAUGCACCUGCUGAUCAAUAGAGUGAGGAAGUAUGUCAUGCUGGGCCUGUUCAAAGGCCUGGAAGCUAAACUCCUACAGACUGUCCUGACCGCUACCCUCACGUUCCUGCUCUACGAGAAGAUUGCCAGCAGCACUUUCAGGGUCAUGGGAGUGAAGAGGCCUGCAUCCAGCCACUAGCCUGUCUGUUACCCCCCCGUAGCCCUAACCCCUCAAUGUUGGCAUGUCUAAAGGAUCUGGAUAGGUAUAAGCAGUGUAGCUAGGGGUAAAUCUUUCACCGUAUUGCUUCUAUCUUACAUAUAUGCAAGUGUCAAAGGGUUAGGACCAAAGGGAGGGGAAGGGAUCGAACUGAGACUGUACCAGAGAUAUUAGAGAAAGGAUGAGACAGCAGUCCCAUUGGGCAAUGAAUGGGGGAAUGUAUAACGCUUCACCCAGAAGACUGUCGACCAAUCACUUGGUCCACGCGGUGAAUUCUGGGCAACUCUGGGACAAGAAGAGCUCACCUUCAAACAGUGAAUGGGAGUCAAUUGGGCACUAGCUCAAAAUCCCCAAAUUAGCACCAAUAACCCAAACCCUUUUCCUAACCGUAAUUCUCCUAAUCUGCUGCGUAAAUUCUCCUAACCUGCUACGAAAAGCCAAAUCUGACGUUCAUUUGACAAAAGCUGUAUCCCUUCUAGCCAUGACCGGGCUCUCCUUGUCCCAGGUUUUUUGUCUAUUUAUUUUUAUGUAACUGCCAAUUUUGUGGAAGUAGACACCACUUGUUCCUCAGACUCAUGUGGAUUUCACCAUUUUGUACUUUCUAUGUUCUUCUAAGAUUAGCUAUUUAACUAAAUCCACAAAUUAUUUAGUGAUGCAUUGUUGCUCUUGUCAAAUCACUGAGACAUUUUUUAAUUGUGUCAUUAACUGUCUCUCUGACAAACUUAUAGAAUAAUUAAGGGAUAUAAUUAAAUGCAUUUUUGUACAGCACAAUGUCAUGGAUGGAUAAUUCACCAACAUUUCAGAUUCUCAGAAAGGUAGAAAUAAAGUGUUGCUUCUCAAAUAA